UAUGUUUACGAAGUGCAUUGACAAGUUCAUCAAAUUAGUUCGAUAUUGAUUGAUAUCUGAAUAUUGUGCGCUUCAGGCGAUCAAAAUGCCUGAUUUCAAUAAAUUAUGUCGUGCGUGUCUUACAACUAUGGACUCUUUCAAAUAUAAGUUUAAUGAUAAUGUAUCAACUGACGAUUAUUUGUUCUGUACUGCAAUAGAGAUAAAUCAAGAUGAAGAAUUCCCAAAAACACUGUGUAAUACAUGUUACGAUUUACUAACAAAAUUCACUGAAUUCAAGAGGACCUGCAUUAAGUCCCAAAGAAUUUUGUUAACGUUUCGGCCUAUAAAAGAAGAAGUAAUUAAUAAAAUAGAGGAAGUUGAACAAAAAACCAAUGAUUGUAAUGAUGAGAUAGAGAACUGGACAUUCGAUGAUGGAUCAUUGGACAAUGGCCCCUUACAAAUACAUUUCACUGAAAAUGAGUGUAGCAAUGAGUUAAUCAUAAAGGUGGAGGAAGAGGAACCAAAAGGAAAAAAUGAAAAUGUUUUUGUUACAACAGCAUUUGCUGAUGCUACCAGAAAUUCAACAGAUAACAACAGAGUUGAAAUUCCAAAGCAAAGAAAUAAAUUGACAUGCAAAUUUUGUAAUAAAGAAUUCUAUCAUCGCAACAUGUUUGAUCUUCAUAUGUCAGUACACACACGUACAUUGACACUAAAAUGUAAUCAGUGCACGAAAACAUUUGUAUCAUGGAGUGGCCUGAAACGGCACCAUACAAACUGGCACUCGCUCUUCAGUCUCAGAAGCGUUACUUGUCGUACAUGCGGAAAAAUUGCGACGAGCCCCGAGACCCUGUUGGCACAUAAGAAAUUACAUAAGAAACGGAAGCUAUUUAUUUGCAAUGUGUGUGGCAAAAGUUACACAACUACCAACAAUCUGCAUGCUCACUUAGAAACCCACAAAGAGAAUAGAGAGCGUCAAUACACCUGCGAACACUGUGGCAAGAAGUUUUACACGAAGAAAUGUAUCCUUUCUCAUUUUUCUCGGUGCCACACUGGACGGAAAUUCAUUUGUCAGAUUUGCAGUUAUCCAUUCACUGACAAGUAUAAUUUAUCGAAACAUUUACAAUCCCACGAAGGAAGGAAAUGUUUUAAAUGUCAAAUAUGCGGUAAGUCCUUUGCGACUCGACAAAUAUCUGUUGAACAUCAGAGGAUACAUUCCGGUGAGCGCCCAUAUUCCUGCACCUAUUGUACUAAGACUUUUAUUUCAAAGAAACGGCUAACUGAACACCUCCGUACUCACACGGGAGAAAAACCACAUAAAUGCUUUGUGUGUGAUCACAGCUUCACACAAAGAGGGACUUUAACACGGCAUAUGAAAAUUCAUACUAAAUCAUUGAUUAAUUGAACUUUUCAAUAAAAAUCAUAAUCAAUUAAUAUUAU